UGCCAUACGCGUACGUACGUACGUACACUGCCGCCAGGGUAGCGAUUUGAUUUUCACUUCACUCGACACUCUUCACCGGCCUGAAUUUUCAGUCAUGCUGUGAUAUAUUUCGUGGAACUUUUCCGGAAUAUUACGAAGUACUUUAUUUUAGAUACCUUGAUGUGGUGCCAUACACGGAUCGAAUAAAUCCAACAAUGGGGACGUUUCUAUUCCAGUGUUUACUGGUUGUAUGUGUGCUAUGGAGUUGUGAAGCCCUGGUAUUCACAAUCCAGCCAAUGAGUAUGACGAUACCGGAAGGAACCAGUAUCAUCUUAUCCUGCGAAGUAGACCAGGCUGAGAAUGUGGUCUUCUCCUGGACCCUCAACAAUGUCCCUGUCGAGGAUUCAUCAAGGAUCUUCAUGGAUACCAGUAACAGUCUCAAGAUUGGCGAUGUAUCGAGGGAGGAUGCGGGGCAGUACAGAUGUGUGGUGGAACCAAGCUCAACUGCUGAAGCCCCAAUGUCUAGUGAUCCAGCCAACGUCAAUGUCACAUGGAUCUCAGAAGAGUUACGUGUGCAGCUGAACAGACCCAAUCUACCGGAGGAUGUAGAAGAAGGGGGUAAGGUUACCCUCAUCUGUAGGGCUAGCGGUAACCCCGUACCGAUGGUCACCUGGUAUCAUGACCAAACACCAGUCGUCGCUGGUUCCAACGUUGAUAUCAGCGGUACUAGGCUGAAGAUCAAGAGCGCCACACCCCUGGAUAGUGGUAUCUAUUCCUGCAUGGCGACCAAUGUAGCAGGCUCCAUGCCCAGCACAGAAAAUGUCCAGUUUAACAUUGUUGAUUCCAAUACUCCGGUCGUUGAAGUAGCACCUACCGAUGCCAUACGUGUUCUAGGAGAUUCCAUCAUGUUCCAUUGCCAGUUCAGUGGAGACCCUACACCACCGGUAGAAUGGUAUACUACUAGCAAGGCUGGUGGAGAAAUCCCUCCACAACUCAUGAAUGACACUGAAACUGGGACGUACAUCAUAGGUAAUGGUAGUUUGAGUCUGGCCAAUCUAACGGCCGGUGAUGAGGGCGAGUUCCAGUGUGUAUGUGACAGCCCUCAUGGACGACCGUUUGCCAGCGCCAGGCUGACCAUAGCAACCGUGAACCCUCUACCUGAGUUUGAAGCCCAGUUGAUUCCAGAAGGCGACACAAAGACCAUAAACUGCUCCUAUCCAGCAGGCGACGUGGGAGGCAUUCCUACACCCUCUAUACAUUGGCUGAAACCUAGUUUACGUGAGGUACCUUUAGAUGGGACUAAGACUAAGAGGGUUCGUGUGGAAGAGCAAAAGAAUCUUCUCGUCUUUGAUCCUAUCAAGAAAUCUGAUGAAGGCAACUAUACAUGUGUGUCUAGUAACAUGGCUGGUGAAACAACCCAGAUACUCAAAGUAGUGGUUGCUACUGCACCCAAGAUUACAACCAGACCUGUAGAUGUUCACAUCAGAGAGAGAGAAGAAGCAACACUACGAUGCAAUGCUACCGGUACUCCUACACCAACAAUCAGCUGGACAUUUGGCACCAGAGAUAUCACAAAUAAACAAGGUAUAGAGGUGUCAGCUGAUGGAUCGCUGGUAAUCAACAGUGCAAUGACUCGACAUAAUGGUACCUAUACAUGUACAGCUAGAACCAUAGCAGGCAUCAAAACUGCAUCGGCUAACAUCUUUGUCAAAGCUAUCCUGAAGUUCAAUCCACGUCCUAUUGCUGUGACGUCUUUAGACCGUGGGGAGAUGAAUCGUCUAGUGUGCCACGCCACAGCCAGCAUCCAACCAUUCAUUGCAUGGCACAAGCAGGGUAUAAUAGGAACAUGGCCAGAUCAUAUCUCAGAACCUAACUCAGGAGUCCUGCAAUUCAACCCUGCUGAAGCAAGCGAUGCUGGAACGUACAUCUGCAUUGCAUCCACGGGACUGGAGAGGAUUAAUACCACCGUCAGAAUCGAUGUAGUCGUGAAACCCAAGUUUGUGAUCAUACCCAACAACACCAUAGGAUUUGAGGGUUAUUCUCUCAAGAUUGACUGCACAGCGCACGGAGAUCCAGUGCCAACGAUCACAUGGAUUAGUAAACCAAUCAUGAAUUACCCUGAGCAUUUCACUCAUCUACCCAAUGGUACCCUCAUCAUCCAAGAGGUUCAUGCUAAUGAUGCUGGCAGAUAUCAGUGCAUCGCUGGCAGUGAUGCAGGGCUUAAUACCACAGAGAUAACACUCACUGUGCAGAAGGGUACUCCUCCUGACCAAGUGCCUGUACCAGCUCAGGUCAUGACCCGAACCAUCGCCAUCGCUGUAGGGUGUGCCGCAGCCUACAUCUUCCUGGUCGUAGGUCUCAUGCUAUGGUGCCGUCAGAGACGUCGACGAUACAGACGCAAGAUGAAGAACAUGGAGAAGCCCAACGGAAUGGUGGCAGGAGGAGCAAACAAUCGGAUGCUGAAUGAUUAUCACGAGGGAGAGAAUGGCAAGGUUGCUGACGGGGAGAUAGCGUUGAAUCCGACACCUAAUAAGAACCACCAGAGAGGGAGCUAUGACAAGCUGCAGUUCCCAAAACAUGAUAUGCAGACCAUCACUACUAUUGGUCAUGGAGCAUAUGGUGAGGUCACCCUAUCGCGGGCAGCAGGCAUUAAAGAUGGUGAGGAGGCUACCACAGUGAUGGUCAAAGCUCUGGAGACCAAAGAGGAGUCGUUACAGCUAGACUUCAGACGAGAGAUCGAGAUGUUAGGCAAGCUCAAUCAUGAGAACAUCGUCAAGCUCCUGGGUGUGUGUAGGGAUACUGAACCACAACUCAUGAUCACUGAGUAUUUAGAUUGGGGUGAUCUGAAGCAGUUCUUGCAGGCAACCCGUGGUGAGAACGGCACCAAGAACGUCCCACCUCCUCUCACCCUGAGUCAGAAGAUAGACAUAGUCAACCAAGUAGCUCUAGGCAUGGAGACCUUGUCAGCUAAUCGGUUCAUCCACGGUGACCUGGCUGCUCGUAACUGUCUUCUAUCACCUUCUAUGGAGGUGAAGAUCUGUACCAUGUCUGUAAGUCAAGAUCUCUACCGCCCAGAGUACCAUGAGUAUCACCAGAAGCUCAUCCCGGUUCGCUGGAUGCCGGCUGAAGCCAUCUUUGAGGAUGAGCUCUCAGCCAAGAGUGAUGUUUGGGCUUACGGGAUCUUUGUGUGGGAGGUAUUCAGCCAGGGCACGUUGCCCUAUACACAGCUAGAUAAUGAUGCGGUGAUGCGAGCCAUGAUAGAUGGUGAGUUGAUGCUGGAGACACCACCUGAUACACCGGAGGAGAUUGAGCUGAUGAUGCAUCGAUGCUGGGCUGAUAGUCCUAAGGAUCGUCAUACCUUCUCUGAGAUCACUCACCAUCUUGGACGUAUCUCAACUGACAGCCGUGUAUAGGUACCUACCUACCUACCUGCAGUACGAGUCACAGUUAUGCAAUAUCUCGGUGACGUCAAGGCUCUCUGAAGACAAGAAGAGCAUUGGAUCUGCAUGCACAUCUACUCCGACAGUUGGAGAAACUUGAGAAUGUUCAAUGUGCUGGCAUCUCAACAGUCAUGCAGAAUGCAGAUUAGGGCUUGGUAGUGAGAAACCAAGUCUGUAGACUUCUAAAAAGCUAAUAACUUUCUUUGCUUGAUAGAGCAAAAGAAGAAAAAAGUUUUGAGAGGACUGCAAACCAAAUUAUUGGACUAGAAAUAAUAAUGUAUGCAAAAAUGUAAAUGAAUUGUCUAUGUUUGCAAUCCAUCCUCCUUUACAAACAUCGUAUGAUAAUAUGAGAAAAUAAGGAAUGAUAUGAAGAUGAAAGUUUGUGAUGUUUUAACUUGUAUUUAUUGUGUUAAUGUAUCGUAAAAUUUGUCCAGUAUUUUGUACCGAAUUAUGGAACUAAGAGCAACUCCAAGUUUUAAUUAUUAUCCCUUUCAAAUUUUAAUGUAGACAUAGAAAUGGGACUUCUGUAUUUAGAUUUCAUCUAUAUAUGUCAAAUGGGCAGCACUGUACAUGUGAAACUUGAAUGGAUGGGCAAUCCCCAAAGGGCAGAAUAGAUAAGUCUGGUUAUAAUGUGGUAUAGCAUAUGUAGAAUUGAUAGAGAUAAUACUUACAACCUGAUGUAUACAAGAGCAAUUAGUGUUAUAGUCUCUAUCUCUCUAUCCAAUAAAUGUUUCAUUCAAAUGAGUAGGGUUUUUAGGGAGAGGGAAUUACAAGACAAUUUAAUAGAAAUGCUCAAAGUUUGAUUCUGUGAAUGGAAAAUACUAUAUCAUCAUAAAGUCUCUUCUUAUAAGUGUGUAAAUUGCAAUCUAGAGUAAAGAAGAAAACUUGAUGACACAAAGUAGAUCGAGUGAUGCCUCAUUUAGUAUUCAGUAUUAGAUAUACCUGUAGAUGUGUGACUUUUAAUGAAUAUGCAACAGCUCAUUGCACUGCAGGAGCUAGGACAGGCUAAAAGAUAGUCAAAGCACAAAAUAUGAAAGAAUAUCUGUAAAUAGUUGCACCUGUUUGCCAGUAGUAUAGACAAAUUACCUUGUAGGAAUAUAUGUAUCUUUUUCAUGAUCUUGUUUCUUAUGACAUGUUUCAUUGCACUCAAAUUACUAUUAAUGGAAAAGAAUUAAGUUGAUAUAAACAAUUGAUAGUCGAUGCUUCCAUGAUGUUUUUCAGAGAGUUUUUUAUCCACAUAUAUAGAUAAGUUCCUCCUGGGAAAAAAUCUGAUUGCAUGUACAUGAUUUAAAGUGACAUUGGAAAUAAAAUGUAUUUUAGUCAUUGUUGAGUUGGAUCCAGAUAGUUUGUAAGACAGAAAUGUCAGUAAUGUGAAAGGUUGUGAAUCCUAAUUAGAGUUUCAUCUUAUCAUCUGUACUGUCUAUUUCAAGUUAGCUUUCAGAAUGUCCAACCAGACCAAAUACACUUGGACCAGACUUGAUUUAGUAGUUGUUAUAGGAAUAUGAAAAAUCACUCCCUGUCUGCAUAAUUUUUCUUCACAUAAGAAAUUAGUCAUCGGUGUUUGAUUAAACAAGUGAAAUGUAUCUCUAGUUAUCCCCUCAGGCUCCUCAAGAUAAAAAUGAAGUAGUUGUACUCCUCUCGCUAUGCUGCAAUACAUGGGCCAAAUAUGUUUACACCAUAACAGUGUUUCUGUGGUGAAAUGAGAUAGGUGCUAAUGGAACAAAUUAAAAACCAAGAUGUGGAUUGUUUUAUUCUUUGACGUAUCUGUAAUUGCCCAUUGACUGUUAUAAUCUAUCAGAACCAAAUAAUUAUUUGAAAUGUUCUCUUCUUCCUUCCAUUCUUCUUGAUAACAAUUAUGUAAUUUUUUUUUUUAAUCCAUUACUAUGCCUGUACUUAUACUUCAUGAUUAUUAUUGCUAUUUUCCCCACCUCUUUUCCAAGUGAAAUAAUUUCAAUGUAAGAUUUUUUAUACCAAAUGAAAGAAGCAGUACUUCAAUUUUAUCUUGAUAAGUUCUUAUAAUCCCUUAUCUUGUUAACUGUAGUACUAUUAAUGAAAUUUGAUUGAAAUCCAGUACUUUGUGUUUAUCUGAUUUUAAAUGGGUUUAUCAAAAUGUAACAAUUUGGAAUGAAGUAAAAAGUAAUCUUCUCCCAAAACAUUUCUCAUAUUUGUAACUUGAAACAUAUAAGUUGGAGAAUGUAUACUGGUUGAGUUAUAUUAAUGUAUAGUUGGCAAUGCUGUAGAGGGACCAAACAUGUUCAAAACAUUCAGCAAACUUUAAGAAGCAGGAAUAUUAACCUCAUAAUGAGUGCUUUUGAGGACACAGUUUUUCAUGAGUCAUUGACAUACAGUCAUA